CAAAAGACGGUCGUAGUGGUGGAUGUUACUGUUAGCUCUCUUCUCUGUUUAGUAGUGUGAUGUUAACUGACCUUUAAGUAUAAGCCUAACAAAAUUUUAAAAGGUUUGACAAACUCGUAAUUUCUGGGAUUUAAUAUAUUAAUACUAUGGGUUCUAAGAAACAUAAAGAAAAGGAUCGCGAAAAAAAGAAACGAAAAAGGUCGAAGUCUAGGUCAAGAUCUAAAUCUCCUAAGGAAAAACGACAUAAGUCUAAACACGAAAAAUCUAGUGGCAGCCAUCGAGAGCGUGAUGGUAAAAGAAAGCGGCAUCGUAAAUAUGACUACGAAUCUCCUCCAGAAGAAUACGUUCAAGAUGAACAAGUUAGAAUCAAAGAAGAACUAGAAGAAGACGUCCAAGUUAAAAAUGAGGCUUCUGACGUUGAAGAAGGUGAGAUUGAAGUCCAAGAAAGAGUGAACAGAGGAGUAGGAUCAAACAUUUCUCUGAGUAUAGAAGAGGCAAACCGAUUGAGGGCAAAGCUAGGUCUAAAACCUCUUCAAGUCAAGGAAGAUAAACUUGUUCAUGAAGCUGGUGGAGGUGGAGGAGGAGGGGAGAAUUCUUUGAGUAUAACAGAAACAAACAAAUUAAGAGCAAAGAUAGGCCUCAAGCCAUUACAACUUCAAGAAGAAAUACCUGGUCUUGAGCAAGCUGAUGGUGGCAAUGAUGAUGAUGAAGAAGAAAGGAAAGAAGUGUUUGUUAAAACAGAAAACAUUUCAGACAAAAAAAAGGAAGAAACAAUACGUGAAAAGCUAAAAAUUCAGAAAGAAAAGAGAAAAAUAGCAGAUAAAUUAAGUAAAACAAAAUGCUUGGGAGAAUCUGAUUCAGAGAAUGAAGAUGUGCUUUUAUGGGUGAAAAAAAGUCGCGAGUUGCAGGAGGAAAGAGAAAAGGCAGAAAAACGGGCCAAAAUGCUUGCUGAGAUGGAUGAAGAGUUUGGUGUUGGGGCCUUAGUUGAAGAAGAAUUUAAAGGAAUGAAAGCAUCUGGAAAGGCCUACACGAGUAAAGACCUUCGAGGACUCACGGUUGGCCACGGAGUUAACGUUUUCAAAGAAGGUGGUUCUGUUGUGAUGACACUACGUGAUAGAGAUGUAUUAGAUGAAAGUGAAGAUGUUUUGGAAAAUGUUAAUAUUGUGGAGGAAGAGAAGGCUUCCAAAAAUGUUGAAAAUAAGAAAAAGAAACCAGAGUACAGACCAUAUGAAGAACCCGAGUUUGAUGAGUUUGGAAUUGUAAAAAAGAAAUCUGUCUUGUCAAAAUAUGAUGAAGAACUUGAAGGUCCGAAGAAAGAACUGUUCAAAAUUGGAUCUACAAGUAUAGGUGAUAGAGAAAAAGAAUUGGAACUUAUCAGGUUAAAGCUAAAACAACAGCAAGGAACUACUCUAGAUUUACCAGCUUUGAAACCUGCCUCAGAAUACUAUACAGAUGAAGAAAUGGUGCGGUUCAGAAAGUCCAAAAAGAAGGUGAGAAAGGUGCGUAAGCGAGGGGUUCUAAAGCCAGAUGAUUUGCUACCACUCCCAGAAGAGAAUUUAACUAGUCACCCUGGGUCAAAACCUGUAGAUCAAGAGGAAGGUCCAGUAUUAGAAGCAGAAGAGGACAACAACAAACAAAAAGAUAUGGAAGUUGAUGAAGCUGAAGUUGAAGAUAGUGAAAUAGUUGGCCCAGAAGAAGACCUGACUGGAGUGUUUGUUGAAGAAGAUCAAGCUGAAUUAGAACUUCAGUCUGCCUUGAACAAAGCUCGUAAGCUGAAACAGAAGGAGUCUCUUAAUACAGGAAUAGAAAAGAUAGCUGAGGUUGUCCUUAAAAAAGAACCUAAACAGGAGGAAUCUUCGGAGAAGAUUGGAAAUAUUGUCUUAAACUCCACAGCUGAGUUUUGUCGGAACCUUGGAGACAUUCCAACUUAUGGGAUGUCGGGAAACCGAGAGGACGAAGCUGAUGAAAUUAUGGAUUUUGAACGGGAAUUGAUGGAGGAGCAGCAGUUAAAAGAAUUAGAAGCUCAAAACCGAGGAGCUUGGAAUGAAGUUGAUAUUGAUGACAAACCUGUGGAGAUUAAUGACCAGGAGAGCAUUCCUAUCUUAGAAGAAGAGCCAGAUGUUGGUACAGGAAUGGCUGCGGCCCUUCAGUUAGCAAUGAAGAAAGGAUACUUGGAGAAUGAAGUUAAAAAACCAGUUAGUGCCCAAAGACACAGUGAUCUUCAAGCUCAGAGCUAUACCAUUGAAGAAAAGUUUUAUGAUGAUGACAAAGCAUCUCGUAGAGAUCGAUACGUAGGUCCACUGUCAGACUUCAAAGAUAAAGACGGUUACAAACCUGAUAUAAAGCUGGAAUACAUAGAUGACAGUGGCAGGCUGCUUGAUGCUAAAGAAGCUUUCCGCUACCUCAGUCACAAGUUUCAUGGCAAGGGUCCAGGAAAAAAUAAAGUGGAUAAACGAGCAAAAAAACUGGAACAGGAAGCAAAACUGCGGCAAAUGAGUUCAACUGACACUCCUUUGAACACCGUAAACUUGAUGCAGGAAAAGCAGAAAGAACUCCAGUCUCCAUAUCUCAUCCUUAGUGGUGGAAACAAAGCUUUGUCACUAACACAGACUACAAUAAUAAAACCUAAGUGAUUUGCCUUUGUGGUGGAAAGUGAUCACUUCAUCCAGUGAUAGAGUUUGAUGACAGAAGACUAAAAGCUACUCACAUUCAUGAAUUAAAUUGCUUCUUUAUGGAUCAGUCGUUUUUAAUAGGAAAGAAAAAAGAACUUCAGAGUUUCAAAUUCUAUUGAUAUGCUUAAAAAAAUCUGAAAUUAUCAUGGUUAAAUUAUCACCUUAGUGAUUCUGUAUUAUAUUGGAUAAAUCAAAUUGUCACCACUACCAUUUUUUUGUUUCCAAAAAUGUUCUUCUGCCAAUAGGAUCCAACUGUGUAAAACUGAUCACAGAAUUAUUUUGCAUACUGAAGUGACAAUACUUUCAUACUAUGAAAGUCACAUUAAAUUAUAAUUAUGAAGAGUAUAGUUUAAAAUAGGUUACUUAGAGAAAUUCGCAAAAAGAGCUUAUUCCCUAUAUAGUCACAUCAAAUUCAACAUUGCAUCUAGUGACAAAUUUUCUAGUUUUAUAUACUUGACUUCAUAAAGGCAUUGGAAGCUAAGCCUAAAUUUUUCUCUGCAUAUAUAUGAUAUUCAGAAAUAGUUCAUUUAGAAUUAAUACCCACUUACAUAAUUUAUGGAUUUCAACUAAAACUAAAAUUUAGCUGUCUGAGUGAUGUAUAUAUGAAAUAAUUUUUAUCUGUUUUGGUAUCUGCCUGAACAACAUGGUUGACAAAAUGAAACAUCCGUUAUUCUUAGUCUUAACAAUUGAAAUGAACUGUUUUCCAUGUAAAGGUUAAUGUAAAUACCUUUGUGGCUCAUUUAAUCUGGAAAUAAAAACUGUCUUUUGUUUAAAA